UGGCUAUAAUAUUGGAUAACCCAAACUAAACUACGGCAUCAGAUUCAUUCUUCCAUUUCAUCCAUGAAAAAAAACGGAAAAAACAAAGAAAUGAAUAAAUAAUUAAUGAAGUCGAAAGAGGCUUGUUAAAGGCAUUAUUACAGAUUUCAAUGAUUGCCUAAUAAAUCGCAUAUCUUCCUGUUCACCGGGAGGGCAGGAGAUGGAAAAGAAGCCUAGAGGACUCUCUCUCAUCUCCAAUUUAUUAUCUUCUCUGGCGCCGCCCUCAUCGCCGCCGCCUACCAUGGCGACCCUCCUGGUUGUUCUUCUUUUCGUCUUUAUUGCUUUGGCCAACCCAAACGCCAUUAUGCUCCACGUUCACGCACAACAGUUUCUUUCUGCAAAGUCUUUUGAAACCUUCGUUCCUCCCGAUAAUUACCUCCUCAACUGCGGGUCCUCCUCCGCCGCCACCCUUCCCGGCGGCAGAAUCUACCAGCCCGACCACAACACCAACAAGUACUUGUCUAACACCGGAGAAGAGAUUCAGGUUUCCGCUCCCCAAGGACAAGAUAAUGAUAAGGACAUUCCCGCCAUCUACCUCAGCGCUAAAGUCUUCGUCAGCGAGGCUACCUAUACGUUUCACGUCACGUCCCCGGGCUUGCACUGGAUACGCCUCCACUUAUGGGCAUUUAACGCCCCCGGGAACGACCUGAAGACCGCCACAUUCACCGUCAUGACCGAGACGUUAGUCCUCCUCUGGGAUUUCCAAAUGGAAAACGAAACCGCCCCCACCCUGAAGGAGUUUCUGGUCAAUGUCACCACGGAGCGCUUCCCGUUGACUUUCAGGCCGGCGAAGUCAAUGGCAUUCAUCAACGCCAUUGAAUUUGUGUCUGCCCCGGACCCAAUGUUUAGCAAUUUGGCCACUCUGCUUGUUCCUGCUGCCGAGCACUUUGAAUUAUCAGGGAACGCUUUCGAGACCAUUCACCGGGUUAAUGUUGGGGGGCCUCAGCUCGACCCAGAAAAAGACACCAUCGGAAGACGCUGGGAUUCUGACGAAAAGUAUCUUAAACCUAAAGAGAUGGGACAAAAGGUUUCGGUUUCACCCGGACUUAUUUCUUAUCCUGGUGGAGGAGGCUCCCCUGUGAUUGCUCCGCCCCUGGUUUAUGCCUCCGCCAUAAAAAUGGCGGAUUCUGGAGUUAUGCAAGCUCUUUUCAACAUAACCUGGCAAAUGGAUAUCGAUGACGAUUUUACCCACCUUAUUCGUCUGCAUUUCUGUGAUAUAGUGAGCAAGGGUCUAAACGAGCUCUAUUUUAACGUAUACAUCAACGACAAAAUUGCCAUUUCCGGGCUGGACUUGUCUACAAUCACCUCCAAGUUAGCAACGGCUUACUUCAAGGACUUGGUCAUAAAUUCUUCCAUGGUUACCAGCCCGCUGAAAGUCAAAGUUAGUCCCUUGAAUGACGCUCAAGGCACUAAGAAUGCGAUACUUAACGGGAUGGAGGUGUUUAGGGUGAACAACUCGGUGGGUAGCUUAGAUGGGGAAUACGGGGUUGACGGAAAGGCCGCUGAUGGACAUUCCGCCGGCGGAAACGCUGCAGCUGCUGUGGGGUUUGCGAUGAUGUUUGGGGCGUUUGUUGGGCUGGGGGCAAUGGCUGCAAGGUGGCAGAAGAGGCCCCAAAAUUGGCAGAGGCGGCAGAGUUUCUCGUCCUGGUUGCUUCCCAUCCAUGCCGGAGAUUCAAGCUUUAUGAGCAGCAAGAGUAAGAGUAACUCAACAACUGCGGGGUUAGGGCGCUUCUUCACACUUGCAGAAUUGCAGGAAGCAACCAAGAACUGGGACCAGAAAGCGAUCGUCGGCAUUGGAGGUUUUGGCAACGUCUUCCUUGGAGAAAUCGAUGAUGGAAUCAUGGUGGCCAUCAAGAGAGGAAACCCACAAUCCGAGCAAGGCAUCAAUGAAUUCCAGACAGAAAUCCAAAUACUGUCCAAGCUCAGGCAUCGCCAUCUGGUUUCAUUGAUUGGGUAUUGUGAUGAGAAUUCGGAGAUGAUUUUAGUUUAUGAAUACAUGGCCAAUGGACCACUAAGAGACCAUCUCUACGGAAAGGACUUGCCCAGCCUUCCUUGGAAGCAGAGGCUAGAGAUAUGCAUUGGAGCUGCCAGGGGACUUCACUACCUCCACACCGGUGCAUCUCAGGGGAUCAUUCACCGUGAUGUCAAGAGCACAAACAUCUUACUUGAUGAGCACUUUGUGGCUAAGAUGGCUGAUUUCGGGCUCUCCAAAGAUGGACCCACCACGGGGCAGACACACGUCAGCACGGCCGUGAAGGGGAGCUUCGGCUACCUGGAUCCAGAAUACUUCAGAAAGCAGCAACUUACAGAUAAGUCAGAUGUGUACUCAUUUGGGGUGGUGCUGUUUGAAGUGUUGUGUGCUCGUGCAGCCAUUAAUCCACAGCUGCCGAGGGAACAAGUGAACUUGGCCGAGUGGGUGAUGCAGUGGAAGAAGAAGGGGUUGCUGGACAAGAUCAUUGAUCCUACCCUGAAAGGCAAAAUUGACCCUGAAUCGUUGGAGAAAUUUGCAGAAGCUGCUGAGAAGUGCUUGGCAGAAUAUGGUGAUGAUAGGCCUUCCAUGGGUGAUGUGUUAUGGAGCCUGGAAUAUGCUUUGCAGCUGCAGGAAAACUCUAUACAAGUAAAGGCUGAGGAUGAAGAUAUGGCACCUGCAACAGCAUCAGCCUCAGCCUCCCCUGCUGCUGCAAUCCCUGAAAACCGGCUGCCCAUUCCUUCACCUGAGCAGAGCACUGCUGGAGCUCAAGAAAUUAAUGAGCAUUCAGAAACCACAAUGUUUGCUCAUCAGUUCUCUGCCCUCAAUGGGCGAUAAAUGUUCAAGUGCCUUUCAUUGUCCGCCUAAUGAGCAUCACUAGCCAUGAAUUUCCCAAUUCGAUGGCGUGAGCCCAGCAUCCUAUUAGCAGCAGC